GAAGCGCGGCGGCGGUGGCUCAGGUGCUGCCCCUGCGGCCAGGAGGCGACGCGAGCGGACCGAGGCCACCGGCACCAUGGAGAUCGUGUACGUGUACGUCAAGAGGCGAAGCGAGUUCGGGAAGCAGUGCAACUUCUCCGACCGCCAGGCCGAGCUGAACAUCAACAUCCUGCCCAACCCCGAGCUGGCCGAGCAGUUUGUGGAGCGCAACCCCGUGGACACGGGCACCCAGUGCUCCACCAGCAUGUCGGAGCAUGAGGCCAACACAGAGCGGUUCGAGAUGGAGACCCGGGGGGUUAACCACGUGGAGGGGGGCUGGCCCAAGGAUGUGAACCCCCUGGAGCUCGAGCAGACGAUCCGGUUCCGGAAGAAGGUGGAGAAGGAUGAGAACUAUAUCAACGCCAUCAUGCAGCUGGGCUCGAUCAUGGAGCACUGCAUCAAGCAGAAUAAUGCCAUCGACAUCUACCAGGAGUACUUUGAUGACGAGGAUGCGAUGGAGGUGACAGAAGAGGCUCCUUCAGCCAAAACCAUCAAUGUUUUCAGGGAUCCCCAGGAAAUCAAGCGGUCAGCCACGCACCUCUCCUGGCACCCAGAUGGCAACAGAAAGUUGGCGGUGUCAUAUUCUUGCCUGAAUUUUCAACGUGCGCCUGAGGGCAUGAGCCAUGAAUCGUACAUCUGGGACCUGGAAAACCCCAACAAGCCUGAAACUGUCCUGAAGCCGUCUUCUCCCCUUGUCACCUUGGAAUACAACCCCAAAGAUUCCCACGUGCUUCUGGGAGGCUGCUACAACGGGCAGCUGGCCUGUUGGGACACCCGGAAGGGCAGUCUGGUGGCGGAGCUGUCCACUAUUGAGUUCAGCCAUCGAGACCCCGUGUACGGCACCAUCUGGCUACAGUCGAAGACGGGCACUGAGUGCUUCUCAGCAUCCACGGAUGGGCAGGUCAUGUGGUGGGAUAUCCGAAAGAUGAGCGAGCCCACCGAAGUGGUGAUCCUGGACAUUGCCAGAAAGGAGCAGUUGGAGAAUGCCUUGGGGGCCAUCUCCCUGGAGUUCGAAUCCACUUUGCCAACCAAGUUCAUGGUGGGCACUGAGCAGGGCAUUGUCAUCUCCUGCAACCGCAAAGCCAAAACGUCAGCUGAGAAGAUUGUGUGCACCUUCUCAGGACACCACGGCCCCAUCUAUGCCCUCCAGAGAAAUCCGUUCUACCCUAAGAACUUCCUGACUGUCGGCGACUGGACCGCCCGCAUCUGGUCAGAAGACAGCCGCGAGUCGUCCAUCAUGUGGACCAAGUACCACAUGGCUUACCUCACCGAUGGCGCCUGGAGCCCAGUAAGGCCGGCGGUGUUCUUCACCACCAAAAUGGACGGGACCCUGGACAUCUGGGACUUUGUGUUCAAGCAGUGUGACCCUGCCCUCAGCCUCAAGGUAUGUGACGAGGCCCUCUUCUGCCUCCGGGUGCAGGACAACGGAUGUUUCAUCGCCUGCGGCUCCCAGCUGGGGACGACCACGCUGCUGGAGGUCUCUAAUGGGCUGUGCACCCUCCAGAGGAACGAGAAGAACACGGCUUCUUCUAUAUUUGAGCGGGAGACCCGGCGGGAGAAGAUUCUGGAGGCGAGGCACCGGGAGAUGCGCCUGAAGGAGAAAGGCAAGGUGGAGGGCAAGGAUGAUGACCUGAGAGAGGAGGAGCCCACCUUCAACCUAGAGGAGCUGGUCACCAAGGCUGAGCAUGAGUUCUUCGACAUCAUCUACUCAGAGCUGAGGAAGAAGGAGACGGAAGCCAUGAAGAACAAGACAAAGCCUAAACGGUGGGGCCUGGAGGCAGACGAGGAAGUGGAAGGAGAGGACCGUGGGGAGGAAGAAGGCGACAGUGCCCAGUCUCCGACCUAGAAGGACCAGGCCAGCCUUGCCCGCAGCCCCUCUCCAGCCGCGCCUCUGUCUCGCAUCCCCUGGCACUGCCCUGGCUUUGCCCGUGGCGCUGAGCUCCUCCCUUAAAGUGUCACAGGAGGGAGGGAGGGCUGGGCGAGCAGAGGGGCCCUGACCCGACCCGACCCAGACACCCAACAAGUGCUGACCCCCCACUGACUCACUGAGCCCAGUCCCAAGGGACCCCCUGGAGGGAGGGAAGGGGCAGGGCUGGUGCGUGAGUGGGUACCCCUCCUCUCUGCCGCCCCAGCGCACCCCGACGGGCUCCACAUCGCCUUCCCGCCUGGCCCUGCCUCUUUCCCUUGGGUUCUGCUUCCCCGGGGUUUUCCUAGCAAUCAUUUUCCUUCAAAGCCUCCAAAGGGCUUGCUUCAGCCUCGCAAAGACCCGUUGGGGCGGGGAGGGGCUUCUCCUCCCUUCCUGACCCUCCCCUCCACACACAACUGAGAAACGCAGUCUGUCCCCUUCUAAAAUGUCUUUGAGCGCCACGCCGGGACACGUUUAUCUCCCAGAGCCAAUGGACGAACGAGUCUGCUCAUUCCUGUACACCUGCAAGCUGUCUACUGGCUUCAUUCUUAGAAAAUUAAAUUAAUAAUAAUGAUGCUAA